AUGGCUUUAAGAAACGAAGAAGAGCAAGCUGAUGAUAAACUGCCUCUGUUAGGGGAUACAGAAGAGACAACUAUUGCUGUUGCUGCUUCUAAUGAUAGAGGUAUUGAAGGACUGAGCUCCACCGUCUCACGACAGCCAGCAAUAAUAACGACUGCAACAACAGCGAGCGGCACAGCACCUGCAACAACAACUGUGUCCUCAAAGCAAGCAAUUGCAAACAUAAAUAGUGAUGCAGCAGAAUCAGCUGUUACAGUUUUCGAAGCUGCUCAAAAAGGCUCUUUUCAAACUUUACGAUCGCUUAUAGAGAAUAAAAAAGCUUCUGUGCAUGAUCGAGACGCUCAAGGGGCUACACCUUUACAUUUUGCUACAUUAUCUGAUAAUGAUAUCUGCGUGAAAUAUCUCAUAGAUAAAGGUGCAGAAGUGGAUUGCCCAGCGGGAGAAUUACAAGCAACUCCUUUGCAUUGGGCUUGUAGACAAGGACGAUUAAAUGCUGUUCAUCAGCUUAUAAAAGAAGGAGCCAACCCCUCUUUGACGGACGGUCAAGGAUUUAAUGCAUUACACCUCGCCGUUCAUUCGUCACACGCUAUGCUUGUCCUUUACCUUCUCUAUCUUGGGGAUAUUGAUAUUGAUACAGCAGAUAACGUAGGUGGACAUACACCCCUUAUGUGGGCAGCAUAUCAAGGUCAUCCACAAUCUGUAGAUUUGCUAUUACGAUUCGGAGCCAGCGUAACAGCUAGGGAUCAGGCCCAAUUGACGCCCUUGCAUUGGGCAGUUGUUAGAGGCAAUAAAUUAUGUAUUAGGAAAAUGUUGGAAUACAAUGCCGAUGUCAACGCCCGUGAUCAGAGCGGAAAGGGUGUAAUGGACUUUAUUCACGAAAAAAAAUUUGAUGCAAUAUGGAAUAGAGCUGUUUUGGAGUUUGAUGCACUGGCAGAGGAUGACCCAGAAAAAUCCAAGCGGGUAGGCCAAUAUCCUGGAUCGUUAGGCAAACCGUUAUCAAAGCGAGUUGUAAAUAGCAUAGCAUACAUUGCACCAUUUAUCUCGUUGGGGUUUGCAUUAAAAUGCCUGGCUAUGGUUUCCUGGUAUGUGGGAUUGCCACUUGCAAUUGCCACCUUUGCGGUGACUCACAUGGGUAUCGUGAAAUACUUGAUUCAAGUUCCAAGCCAUGAUGCAGUCUGGAAAACACCCUAUUUCUCGAGUAUUUUCCAAGCUUCGGCAUUUUGGGUGUUGAUAACAUGGAUGUGGAUUGUUUUGCCUUCGACCUCAUAUCUUCUAUUCACCAAUUUGAUAUUUUUGAUUACAUUCUUUGGUGCUAUGUUUGCCUUCUUUAAAGCCGUUGCAUCAGAUCCAGGAUUUAUCAGGAAAGACCUCUCGAAAGAAAAACAGCGGCAAAUAGUUGAAGAUUUAGCAAAUAGUCAUAUCUUGGAUGUUCGACAUUUUUGUUUGACCUGUCUUAUAAGAAAACCUCUACGGUCGAAACAUUGUAAAAUCUGUAAUAGAUGUGUAGCCAAAUUCGAUCAUCAUUGUCCGUGGAUAUUUAACUGCAUCGGUGUCCGUAACCAUAGGCCAUUCUUGAUUUUUCUAAUCAAUAUGGUGAUAGCUAUCAUAUCAUUUACUAUAUUAUCAGUGCAAUACCUUUCGAAUACGGCAGCACCUAUUUAUGAUCAUGGUCUUGAUAGCGCUUGUUUACUAGGUUCUACCAUUUGCGGUUAUUUUGAUUACGACGCAUGGACAUUAUCUCUUACUAUUUGGGUACUCCUCCAAUUGACGUGGUCGAUAUUCUUAUUAGCUGUCCAAUUAUAUCAAGUAGCAGUCGCUAUAACCACUAAUGAAAGUGCCAAUAUGAACCGUUAUUCUUAUAUGAGUGUAGCACAGCAGACAUCUCCAAGAGUGGCGGGAGGAACAACCGCAGGUAGUGAUGGCCCUUCUGCUAUAAUUGAACCACCGCCGAAUGAUUUAGAAAGUGCAUCAGCAUCGCAUCAACAUCGUCACCAACAUCACCACAAAGGAUGUGCCGACAUGUGUCCUUGUUUACAGCUUGUCGCAGGUGCUCGUGCGUUACAUAAAGCACGUAAUAGAAGAGGUUAUGUGAUAAGAGGGAACGUCUUUGACCGCGGAUGUUGGAACAAUUGCUUAGACUUCUGGUCAGAACCGGUUAUAGAUUCUGGAGGAUCAAAGAAGAAGAAUGCUACCAACGCAGCAAUGAAUUAUUACGAGCUUUAUGAUAUUAGUCAACUCAAGUUCUCUCGAAGUAGUUCAACGCUAAAUUCAUUCCAACAGAUUGUAUAA